UGUCAUACCUUAGCCUUUCGAUACCGCAAACGAGAGGACCGCAACGUUGAGAGUCGGCUUAAAAGAAACCUUAUAUUAACACCUCCACCCUGGCAGCGCUCAAAAGCUUUUGGUUGUACCUGAUAUGUCAUCGAACGAAGCUGGCCUUAGCACGGGGCAGAUCAUAGCCAUCGUCGCAUCAACGGUGACGGCGGCGACGUUCCUAAUCGCCGUUCUAGUAGCAGUGCGCUGCUAUGUGAUACGACGGCGGCAGCAGCGGCGCGACAUCAAAGAGAUACCGAAGCGUGAGAUAGGAACAUCAUCAGAUAGUACGGUGUCUCAGAUAGAGCAAGGCAGUACCAAUGAGCCUAGAAACUCAGCCGCUGAUACCAUCCGAAGCUCGAUAUGGGGAGAUACAAGGGGUUCCGUCGACGUCCCUGCAUCCAUAUUCAACAGCGAUGAAGACGUCUGGGAUAGUCGACAGUGGCCGCUACCACCGGGCCAUUCAGAACGAUACACGUUUUUUAGCGAGAGAAGUUCAAUAACGAUAGAUGACACAGUAGAGAAUGAGCAAUUAGGCGGGGGAGAUCACGACGGAAAUAUGGCCGGAAGAAGAUCCAAUAUGGAGAGUAGAUGUGAUAGCAUCUGGGGAAUCUCCGAAGCAGGCAUAGCGCAUUGAGGAAUGAGGGUUGUUUGUAUGAGGCAUGAAUAAUGAUAUGAUGUCAUUUGAUAACUAAGAUCCACGCCCUGUAUGAGAUAUGUGGAAGACGGGUUGAGAUAUCAAUACUGUGGCUUCCCUAGAUGCAUCGUGGAUCAGCCCUUCAUCGGCUUAUUCGGAUCUGAUAAAGGAGAACGCCGGGGGACGGGGCUUGGAUGAUCAGCCGGGAAUAAGCCGAUUCGGAGUAGUGGAUCUCAACUGGGGAUAGGUAUUGGUGCGCUAAUAAUUAAGCAGCGCUGAAAAACCUGGGGAAGGAACUGUUAUCUGGGCAAAGAAGUAACUUUAGGUAACUUUAGGUAACUUUAGGUGAUGUGCCAAUCAAUUGCCAGGUCCUUUACAGCUUUGUCGGGUCGCGACUUACUUAAACUUGAUCUGACCUGGA